GUCGCCCCAGACGCUGCCGACUGGGUGCUCCAGUGCUUGGACGAGCGGGGCCCGCUGGUGCAGCAAUGGGGCCUCGACGCCGCGACCUCCGCCAUGGCGAGGGCGCUGCGCGAAGGGUCGCGGGCGGCAGUGGCGGAUCUGCCAACGCGCGUCGCGAGCUGGGCCGGCUGGCAAGGAUGCAGGCUCGGAGCUCUUCGCUUCAACGGCGCGUACGGGAUCGCGCUGGACAUGAUUGCGUGGGAGGCCAAACGCGCUCUCAUCUCCCUCGAGUUGAAG